GUCCAUGAUGUCAGUGGCAUCGAAGGAUGUGCGAAACUUCCUGGGUGAUCCCCUGCCCCAGGUGGGAGCUCCACACUUCGAAGCAGGUGAUGUGAUUUGCAAUGCCAAGCAGAAUCAGACCGCCGCCGAUUGGGCACCACGCGGCUGGGACAUCACCAUAGGAGACAGGAUCCAAUGUGAGUCUAGGAACCGCGUGAAGGAUCCUAACUGGCGCCAGAUCCGCUUCGACAAUUGGGAUCGAAAUUGGUGCUGGAUCGGCGUGAAGGAGAUGUGCCAUGAGAAUCUGAAGACACCCUAUUCCUGGAACGAAUACCGUGAGCUCGCCUUCAAACGAGGCUAUGCGCCGAGCCCUCAAGUGUCGCCCUUCCAUGGGCUUUUGAAUCCAGAGUUGUGCGAUGGCGCCAAGCAUGGGAUUCCAAAGCCCUACUACCCGGAAGAGGAUGCGAUUGCGCUGAAGUGGUUUCAUAAGAACGUGAAGGUUUACGUGUUGAACUUGCCCAAGUUCUACAAUCGGUGGGAUGUGAUCAACAAGCGGCUGGCUGCGCUGCAGAUACAAGCCACGCGUGUCAUUGGGGUGGACAUGCUGGAACCAUAUGCCUACACCAAAGCUUCCAAAGCCGGUUGGAUCCUGCCGGGCUUCGAUAUGGACCGAGCACAGGCCUUAGCGGAAGAGCCGGCCAACGACAUGGGCCGAAUUCUGGGCACCGUGGGCUGCGCUGCUGCUCACUUCAAGGCACAGAGCCAGAUCCUCUACGAGAAGCCCAGAGUAGCCUUGGUUUUGGAGGAUGAUAGUUGGCUCAUGGAUGGCUUUGUCACCAACUUGUGGCGCAUCGUCACACAGGAGCUGCCAUGCGACUGGGACGUCUUGCAACUUCUCGGACGAUGUGCCUACGGAAUGUGUGUCUCGGAACACGUCGCUCGGAUCCAACCAGAUGCCAACGAGCCCGAUAAUUUAUGCCACGCUGGCGUCAACUGGGGCUUCCAUGGGGUCUUGUACCGUACGGAGCACCUGGGGCGUAUCCAGGACAUGUGGAAGAAGCGAGUCUUUAAUCCAGAGACGCCGCAUUGCUUAGCCUCCUGA